AUAAUUUUUAGCGGAGGUGGAGGUGAAGGUCGAUUAGUUCAGACUUCUCUCAUGCAGAAGCAUGAUCCUUGGGUUCUUACAAUAUCACUAAAGUCGUACCUUUCGCGUUCCCUGUUACGUAUACGUGGUACCUGCAGUUCUAAAAGACCAUCUCGUCCUCCGAGCAAGGUACUUAAACUUAUCCCAAGAUGCAAACCCGCGACCAGACACUGCAUGUGUACAAUGUGCCGGCUCGCGACGCGAAACUCGGCGAAAAACUUCGCAAGUACCAGCAGGUGCGUUCCGCCAGUUUUGCCGGUUUCCAUGCGGAGCAAUAUCGUAUUUAAAAACGUCCCCACCCCAUAGUUGUAAUGCAAAUCUGCAUGCUGAAAAUGUUUCUCAUGCGGAGCGCCAUGAGAAGCAUUAUCUAGUCGCGUUUUGGCAUUUGUCAUGCUCCAACCAGCAUGUUGUACUAGAUCUGUGAUGCUGCUGAACUACCUCAAACAGUACUACAGUACGAGUUCAAAUUUGUCAUGCAAACCAGCCAACACUUGUGGAUUUGUGUAGCCGAUUCCCCAUUUUGACUCUGGGGUGGGAACGUUUUUACACAGGAUAAGCAAGGCCUGUACAUCACCACGCGUUUCGCGGACUCCAACCAACUCCACUACGUCUCCAGCCCCUACGGGAUGCGGGAGCAUAUCCCGCAGAAAAAAGCAGGCAGGGCAUAUUUGUAAUGCAAAAAUAAAUACACAGGAAAAUCUGUCAUGGGCGAGGCCAUAACAUCCUGUUUAGGGCAUGCAAUACAGAUUUUUUUGUCUAUUUAUUUUUGCAUUACAAAUAUGACCUGUCGGUCUUUUUCUGGGGGAUAGAGCAGUUAACCUUCCUGAAAGAGCCGGUGAAAAUCUGCCUGACCCCGCCCCCCGAGGCCAUCGCGCGAGCGGGGAACAUAUGAAAUGCAAAAAUGUCUGGGUCUGGAAGGUCACAACUUGUGAUGCAUGCUGUCUGUGGAUUCUAUUAAAAAAUUUGUAUUGCAUGACCAGCAAGUGCAAGAGGGGUCGGGUUCGUCCUACGUGGAGGGGGCACUUGUUCUCAUGCGGUAGAGGUAUCACAAAGCCCUCUAAAAUCUGUGAUGCUACGGCAUGCAUCACAGACAUCAUGGCUCAUGGAAAAUAUGCUUGACAAGAAGUCUAGAAUUGGCGAGUUGGUAUAGUGGCCGGGAGAUGAUGGCGAUGGCAUCUCGGUGUCCGCCUGACCCACCUUCCCUGCGUGACAGCCAUCUGCGGCCGUUUGCACAGGGGGAGGCAAAGUGUGUCGCACUUCUGUUUAGCAUGACAAGUCUAGAAAUCUUCCAGACCCAGACAUAUUUGCAUUUGAUAGAACAAAGAUGCGUUUUUGUACGGGAUCGACAACGGCGGCGAUAUCCUGUGCAAAAGUAUCGUACUCCUAUUGCAAUCAUGCAUCACAAAUCUGUCGCUGAAGGCAAAGCAGCAUUACAAAUUUUAUCUCUCAUGCUGAGGAAAUUUGUACUGCAUUUAUACGAGUGCGAUACUUUUGCAGUUCAUAGGCGACGAGAAGACGCAGUUUUGGCUCUUCGCCCGCGCGACGGGCGACGCAAAAUUGCUCACCGAUGGCAAGAGCUCGAACCGGUCCCCGCAUUUCUGCCGCCAGAGCGGCGCCCUGGCUUUCAGCAGCAACGCGCGGGACGGGAAGCACUUCGAUGUGUAUUUGCUCUUGGAAAACCAAGUGCUCGGCGACGUGCACAGUAGUACAACCGGAGGAGCUUCUGCGAAUCAGCACAAAGGCGCUCCUGGCGUUGUUGACAAAUAUGAUCCAGAGCCGCCGAAGCCAGUGUUGAUUUACCAGACGGAAGAAGUAGGGUACAUGAUGGUCCAGGAUUUUUACCAUGAGGACCUGCUGUUAAUCCGGCACUACAAUUCCGUUUCCGAUUCGAAAAUGUUCCUUCUGCAAAAAAACGCAGAAACGAACACGUGGAGCCGAACAGACAUCGGGGCGGCGGUAGUAGCAGGAGGUGCAGCACCUUUGUCGGCAACAAACAGUACCACGACGACCCCGGCAACUACAUCAUCACUAGGAGCUGCUGCUGCAAAGAACCCGUCAACUACGAUCUUUUCCCUCGACGACGGUCGCUUUACGCCCAACGGCGUGGGCGUCGUUUUCAGCACGGACGCAGGGGUGAAAACUGAGUUUAAACAGUUGUGGUACUACGAUAUUCUGAAGAAAAAAGCCCUUCCCGUCGCCGAUAACAUUCCCUGGGACGUGGAGGACGUGCACAUUAGCAGCUUCGGGGACGUCCUAGUCGUGUACAACGAGGACGGCGUGUCUACCUUCUACCACAGCGUGCUCCGUGACGCGCUGGUGGCGCCCCAAGCCGGAGGCCCGGGACUAUCCUCCCCGUUCCAGACGAAGAUGCCCCUGAAGAAUCCCCUGACCAAAAUCACGCUGCAGAGUCUGCAGAUCGGCGUGUUCGGGUCCGGCGCCUUUAAAGCGAACACACGGCAGUUCGGAUUUUCCUACCAGCAGGCAACGAGCCCCUCGGAUGUGUUUGUGGUGGACUUUCAGCGGGAAAGGAACCGGUUUUUUUCCGUGAAACGGUGGACGGAAUCGGAAAUCGGCGGGUUGGACUCCUCCACCUUCGUGACCCCGCACCUGAUUCGCUACAAGUCCUUCGACGGGCUGGAAAUACCGGCUUUCGUGUACUACCCGAAUAAAGACAUGAUCAAGACCGGCGGAGGCGGAGGUCCCCGCCGUGUGAAGGUGGAAGUCGUGGAGCCACCAAGUGACAAACAAGAAGCUCGUGCUGAAAGCACAAAAAAUAGAAAUUAUCCAGAUGAACAACUAUCACCACCCCCAGUACCACCUGGCGUUCCCGUCAUCAUCCACCCGCACGGGGGUAUCAAAUGCAAAAAUGUCUGGGUCUGAAAGACUGCAAGAUUUGUUAUGCAUAUUUCUCAUGACCCAUGAUGCCUGUAAUGCAUGACCUAGCAUCGCAGACUUUUAGAGGUCUUCCUGAUGCAUCUUCCGCAUGGGAAUAAAUGCCCUGUCCGUGUAGUAAAAACUGUACCCCUCUUGCUGGUCAUGCAAUACAAAUUUUUUUAGAGUCCAAAAACAGCAUGACAAGUUGCAAUCUUCCAGACCCAGACACUUUUACAAUCCAUAGGGGGUCCGGAAGGCCAGCACCGCCCGCGGUUCGCGUCCAUCUACCAGUUUCUGUGCGUGGGGCUUGGGGUGUGCAUCAUCGACCCGAACGUCCGGGGAAGUGCCGGGUUUGGGAAAACGUUUGUCACUCUGGACAACUUAUCCUGUGCAAAAGUAAUAUCGUACUCGUAGUAAUUGCAAUCAUGCAUUACAAAUCUUUUUCUUAAGGUAGAUCCGCAUUACAAAUUUUAUUUGUCAUGCUAAAGAAAUUUGUAAUGCAUUUAUACGAAUACGAUACUUUUGCAGCUCAUACAACUGCGAAAAGCGCGAAGACAGCGUGAAGGACAUCGGGGCGCUGAUUGACUGGAUUUGCGACAGUGGAACUAGUAUGCAUCGCAAAUGCAUCGCACUCGUAUGAAAACGAAUUGCAGUCAACAUACAUGACAAAUCUCUUUCUAAACCUGAAACAGCAUCACAAAUUCCACUUUUGUUCUUGCCGUCGAAAUUACUUAUUUGUGAUGCUAUUCACGCUAGUGCGAUGCUUUUGCAAUGCAUAACUAGUACAGAAGAAGGCAGCUCGACUAUGACAUCUACGGCAGCUUUACCGGCGACACCUACUUCUUCAGCGACCGGGACCACGUCCGGGACGACUUUGAAUACUAGCCUGAGCAAAAAAGAAUCCUCUUUGCAAAAGUCGACCAACAACUCGAGAGCACGACGAAGUAUUUUCCAGUUCGACCCACAGCGGAUCGGCGUCUGGGGCGGCUCCUACGGCGGCUACAUGGUGCUAGCGUCUUUGAUUCACUUCAACGACAAACUCUGCUGCGGUAUCGACAUGGUGGGCAUCAGCAAUUUUGUCACGUUUUUGGAAAACACCGCGAGCUACCGACGCGAACUGCGCAGAAAGAAGUACGGCGACGAGACCGACCCGGACAUGCGGCAGCUCCUGCUGGACAUCUCCCCGCUGACCAACUGCCAAAAGAUCAAGGCCCCGCUCUUCAUCGCGCAGGGGAAGAACGACCCCCGCGUGCCGGCUAGCGAAGCAGAGCAGAUCUUCAACCAGGUGAGGCGGAACAACGGCAGGGAUGCGGUUUGGUACAUGCUCGCGGACGACGAGGGACACGGGUUCAGCAAGAAAAAAAACGUCGACGCGUAUCAGGAAGCGAUGGUGCAAUUUUGGCGGAAGUUCCUGUUCAAGGAAGACAUACAGGUGGAGGACGGGAGCGGAAGUGGCAAUACGGGUGGACUAGUAAAUUAUGCAGGCGGUGGCGGAUUUCUCAGAAGAAUUGUCGAUACCGUCUGCCGUGCCUGCUGAAAAGAAACGCGCUUAUAUUUUUUAGGUCGAUUUCAGACCAUUUCUUUAUCGCCUGGGACUUCCUCCGAGUGGUUUCCAGAGAUUGACUUAGCAUUGAAAUUGGCUUACGCGUGCUUGCGCAGUGCUGUUGCUGGAACUUGACAACUAGUAUCCUCGGUGCAUUAAUCGUAAUGCCAAGAAGAGCUGUUCUUGAAAAUCAAUGCCACUUGGGGUGUCGUGGAUUAGGAUUCAGUGUGUUUCAGGCAGGGUAGUUCGUUGUUUCGAGACCGUCCGCAGAGUCGUGCCUGGUCGUAGAAGUGGGAUGAGGCAGCAGUCUUUCUUACAUCCACCACGUUGGCGUUCGCUAAUGCAACAGUGCAUCUUGUUUUGUACCAGGAUCAGCAAGGAUUCUAAGUGCUCGCUGGAGGCAAAAUAGGGGUAGAAGAGCCUUCGUCGUAUUUCUCCUCGUUUCUCCCCAUCUGCUCUGUGUCUGUUCGUAGUCCCAAUUGAUCAUCGUAAUCGUAUCGCGAUUGUUAGUAGCUCGACGCAUGAUCGGGUAGUAGAACGAGUUGAAAAAUCAAAAUAGGCGGCACAUUUUGGAUUUGAGCCCUAUUACCUGAUACAAAAGAAGUACUGGUACUGCGAGAACAUACAGUAGAGAUCUGUUUGUUUUUUUUUAUUACAGUACCGAAGAAGCUUGCGC